AUGGCAGGCCUCUUUACUUUUGUCGGGAGUGGCCAGCACGAAUAUUUUGCAAAAACAAUCGAAAAGCCGUCUAAUGCAAAAACAAACCCCAGAGAGACGUUCCGUUAUGACUUCUCAGAUAUCCCAGAAUCUGUUCUGAGCGAUUCUCAGACAUUAUGCCAGCACUGCAGCGUCUUGCAACUGGAAAAUGUACGCCUUAUACAUACUGCUGGCUCGUAUCCUAAAUAUUCUCCAGAGUUGAAAGCAGAUGUCCCCAGUUUUGAAGAGGAUCUAGAAUAUCAUCGCAAGGACACCGUUCCAUUACUCCCAAUCUUGGCCGAAUCUGCAAACGCUGGAUGCGGUUUCUGCUGUCUUCUUCGAAAUGCCAUAAUUCAGCAUUUCCAGCGGUAUCAUUUGGGAUGCCUCCCCGAUGAUACGAUCGAGCUGGUACGCAUCCGCCAUUUCUGGAACCCUGGUUUGACGGCGUUUACUGUGUAUAGUGCUGCAUUUGCUAGGCCUGGGCACAGGUAUAAUUAUCUUACAUUUCGCGUCAGUGCGAACUUGAAUGAUGAGUGUGCUUCAGUACUUGAUAUUUACACAAAGCGCAUUCCAGAUAGUAUCAUAUCGCCGGCAGGAAUAUUCACGCUGAAGAAAUGGGUGUUAGGCGACAAAGAGGAAAAGGCUGCUUUAAAUGCAUCGUUUCGCCCUACAAGGCUCCUUCAUGUCGAGAGCAGAAAAGAGUCUGGCUUGAUUCAUCUUGUUGAGACCCAUGGGUAUCCCAGUGUGGAUGGAAAAUCUCAGCCAUAUUUGGCUUUGAGUUACUGCUGGGGGAAAAGGGGGCCUUCGUUAAAAACUACCAAAAGCGACUAUUCUCAUUUACAAAAAUCCAUCUCUUAUAGCGCCAUGCCCAAGGCCUAUCAAGAUACUGUGCGUGUUGCACGAGCGCUGGGCGUGAAGUAUAUCUGGAUUGAUGCUCUAUGCAUCAUUCAAGACGACAGGGAAGACUGGGAGAAGGAGUCCCGAAUGAUGGCAGAGAUCUUUCAGAAUUCCUUGGCCACGCUCAUACUCCUCCGUACAGCAUCAUCCAAUGAAGGCUUUCUGGAGCGGAACCCAAGCAUCAAGAUCAAUUACCAAAAUCAAUCUGCCAUACGCGCCGCGCCCAGCUUCUCAGAUCGACCAAUCUCGUUGGAACUUCGGCAUUCACCUUGGCAGAAUCGAGGCUGGACUUUUCAAGAGGACAUGUUUUCUCUGAGAAAGCUAUAUUUUGGACAGCUUAUGAUGUAUUGGGAUUCUCUUAAACCCGUGGACAUUAUGAGAACAGAAGACACAAUCAUUGACGACAAGUUAAAUCGCCUUGACGAGAGCGCCGAGAUUUCUAUUGUUCAUUCGUCCGAGCCAUGGAGAGGCGACUAUCAUUACGACGGGUGGUAUUACCCAAUGCUCAAUUACUGCCAAAAGAAUCUCACGUACGCGACCGACAGGCUUUCUGCGGUGGCUUCAUAUGCGAAGCUUGUCGCCAGCAAAAGCAGAGAUACGUAUGUCGCAGGUUUGUGGAAGAAAGAUCUUCAUCGUGGCUUGCUCUGGAAAAUAGGCAGAAGGCAGCGCAAAACUUUCCGGACGUUGAUGAGGCAAUUAUCAAACCUGUCUGAAUACAUUGCGCCGUCCUGGUCAUGGGCAAGCCAUAACAGCAUCUUACACUUUGACCUUUCGGAUGGAGUAAUGCAACCCGAGUGUGAGAUCCUCGAAGCAAAGACAAGAAACUACGGUGAUGUAUAUGGCCGUGUACGAGACGGACACAUCCUGAUCUGCGGAAAAGCCUGCGGCAUCCCUGGUGGAAAACUCCAGAUGCUGCCUCUCAUGUCUCCUUAUCUUAAUAUUCAGUGCGAGUGGUUGGCUAUUGAGGACGAGCAGUAUGUUGCUCAGUGUGCCCUCGACUGGAGAGUGACAAAUGAAGACGGCAAGCAGCUCUCAGAAGCAAGCGGAGAUUCUGUCUAUAAGAUGGUGAUGCUUCUUAUCUCCAGCAGCUAUACGAAGAAUGCAGGUGCAUUCUCCAGGAGGCCGCAGGAGUGGGAGAGCAAUGAGGGGGAUCCUCCAGUUGAAGUCAUGCACGGCCUAUUGCUCUAUCCGACUGGAAAGGCAGACGAUGAAUACUGGCGAGUGGGAUUAUUCCAUUCUUUGGCUGAUGAGAAGGGAGGGAGAAGGUACUUUGAUACGUGCGAAGAGCGCGAAUUUCGGAUCAUUUAA